AUGGGCUCCAGGUCUCCUGCCACCUCCUUCCCUGUGAAUAUUAUGGAAUGUCUCAAAGGGCAGGAGCGGCAAACACUGGGGAGCGAAGCCUGGGACAAUCCUGUCUACAGCAGCCCCCCUUCCCCAAAUGGGACCCCGAGGAUCUGCACUGUCUCCAGUGGGGCACUCGCCCAGCCUCAAUCCAAGAAGCCUGAAGACGGGUGCCAGGAGAAGACACAGAGAACACUGGUGUCCAGCUGCUGCUUCCACAUCUGCUACAGCAUCAGAGGACUCUGGGGAACAACCCUGACUGAGAAUACAGCUGAGAACAGAGAACUCUAUGUCAAGACCACCCUGAGGGAGCUUGUGGUGUACAUCGUGUUCCUUGUGGAUAUCUGUCUGUUGACCUACGGAAUGACAAGCUCUAGUGCCUAUUACUACACCAAAGUGAUGUCCGAGCUGUUUCUACACACCCCAUCAAACUCUGGGGUUUCCUUCCGGACCGUCAGCAGCAUGGCAGAUUUCUGGGACUUUGCUCAGGGCCCCCUCCUGGACAGUUUGUACUGGACGAAGUGGUACAACAAUCGGAGCCUGGGUGGUGGCUCCCACUCCUUCAUUUACUAUGAGAAUUUGCUGCUGGGGGUCCCGAGGUUGCGGCAGCUGCGCGUGCGCAACGACUCCUGUGCGGUUCACGAGGACUUCCGGGAGGACAUUUUGAACUGCUACGAUGUCUACGCUCCAGACAAGGAAGAUCAACUCCCUUUUGGGCCUUUCAAUGGGACAGCGUGGACUUACCAUUCACAGGAUGAGCUGGGGGGCUCCUCCCACUGGGGCAAGCUUACAAGCUACAGUGGAGGUGGCUAUUAUUUGGACCUUCCAGGAUCCCGACAAGCCAGUGCAGAGGCCCUGCAAGGCCUUCGGGAGUGGCUGUGGUUAGACAGGGGCACUCGGGUGGUCUUCAUCGACUUCUCAGUCUACAAUGCCAACAUCAAUCUUUUCUGUGUUCUGAGACUGGUGCUAGAGUUCCCAGCCACAGGAGGGACCAUCCCGUCCUGGCAAAUCCGCACAGUUAAGCUGAUCCGCUAUGUGAAUAACUGGGACUUCUUCAUCGCGGGUUGUGAGGUCAUCUUCUGUGUCUUCAUCUUCUACUACGUGGUGGAGGAAAUCCUGGAAAUCCACCUGCAUAGGCUUCACUACCUCAGCAGCAUCUGGAACGUUCUGGACCUGGUGAUCAUCUCACUGUCUGUAGUGGCCGUGGGUUUCCACAUUUUCCGAACUCUGGAAGUAAACCGACUGAUGGGAAAGCUCCUGCAGCAGCCAGACACUUAUGCCGACUUUGAGUUCCUGGCCUUCUGGCAGACACAGUACAACAAUAUGAACGCUGUCAACCUUUUCUUUGCCUGGAUCAAGAUAUUCAAGUACAUCAGCUUCAACAAAACCAUGACCCAGCUCUCAACCACACUGGCUCGCUGUGCCAAGGACAUCCUGGGCUUUGCUGUCAUGUUCUUCAUCGUCUUCUUCGCCUAUGCCCAGCUUGGCUACCUGAUUUUUGGGACCCAAGUGGAGAACUUUAGCACUUUCGUCAAGUGCAUAUUCACCCAGUUCCGGAUAAUCCUUGGGGAUUUUGACUACAAAGCCAUCGACAAUGCCAACCGAGUCCUGGGCCCUGUGUACUUCGUCACCUAUGUCUUCUUCGUCUUCUUUGUGCUCCUGAAUAUGUUCCUGGCCAUCAUCAAUGACACAUACUCGGAGGUCAAGGAGGAGCUGGCUGGCCAGAAGGAUGAAUUACAGCUUUCUGACCUCUUGAAACAGAGCUACAAGAAGGCCCUGCUAAGGCUGCACCUGAGGAAGGAACGGGUUUCGGAUGUGCAGAAAGUUUUGGAGGGUGGGGAAUCGGUGAUCCAGCUGGAAGAUUUCACCAACACCUUGAGGGAACUGGGGCAUGCAGAGCAUGAGAUAUCUGAGCUCAAGGCUGCCUUCACCAGGUUUGAUCAGGAUGGGAAUCAUGCUCUGGAUGAGAAGGAGCAGACACAGAUGCGACAAGGUCUGGAAGAGGAGAGGGUGGCCCUUAGUGCUGAGAUUGAGAACCUAGGCCAGUCCAUUGGAUAUAGCCUACCAGGUGAAUCGGGCACAAAAGCUGCUGGAGGAAGACACUGGGUUUCUGAAGAAGAAUUCUACACGCUCACAAAGAGAGUUCUGCAGCUGGAGAGUAUUCUGGAAGGAAUCGUGUCCCAGGUUGAUGCUGUAGGCUCAAAGUUGAAGAUGCUGGAGAGCAAAGGGGACCUGGCUCCCUCCCCAGGAAUGGAGGCACUAGCUGUUUGGAAAAACCUGUAACCAGUUCUAGUUGUCACUCCAGCCCCCUUGGGAGUCCAGAGCGGGCAGGAGAAUGGAAACGGGAUUCUAAAACAUCAGACAGCAAGUUCCUCUCUCUGUGCCUUCCCAGAAGCUGCUUCUCCUAUGUCCCCUGCCCCCUGA